CAUCCGUCUGCACCUGUUCUUGGCUGUCAGACGUGUGAGCGAGUGUGUUUGAGUGUGUGGGUAUGUGCAUGUCCCUCAGAAGGACCAUGACUCUAAAGCCUUUGGUGACCGUUCCUCCUUGCUGACUCCUCCUCAUGUCUAGUCAGAAUGGACGAGAGCACAUUUGAAACAUUUGAGGAAGAGCUUGGGGCAACACAACAGGAUGUUCCUCAACCGAAACAUCCCAGACAAUCUCAUCGGCCUGAAAUGCAUCCACAAAGAAGGGUGAGAGAGGAACCUCUAAUCAUCCAGCAGAUCCCAAAGUCUCUACCUCGUGAGUCUCCAGUCACAAGAGGCGUGUCAUUGCGAAAGUCAUUGUCUGCUCAGAACGUGGCCCAGAUCGAGGCACCAUGGGAGGGAGUGACGCUUAACCGCUGCCUUUUCAUAGCCAUCACUAUUCUGGUCCUCUCCUCAGGGUGUCAAAGACUACACGAGUUUCUAAGAGGUCGCAAAGAUGGGAGAGAUCUAGAGCCCAUAGGUCCUGUGCUUAACGUCAGGCACACUGCUUUGAGGAAAUAUCGCUUACCAGCACCUGAGCCGGAGACGUCUCUGUGGGACACAUUUUUCUGGUGGGUGAGUGACGAUGAAGAUAAUGACGAUGAAGAAAGAAGCAGACGAGGCAAGUCAAGGAAGGUGACUCGAGAAAGAGCUACUAGAGGUCUCAGACACAAAGCCAUACCAGACAGGAAACUUCUGAAGGGACGGGAGGGCAGAUUUAAAGCACGGAGAGAUAAAGCAAGACAGGACAAAAAGAAGAGUCGAGAGAACAUGAAGGUACAAAGAGAGAAAUUGAAGAGUCUCAGAGAGAAGAAGAUGGAAGAAGAAGAGAGGGCGGAAAAGAAGAUGAUAAUGAAGGAGAGCAAGAAGAAAGCUAAUUAGAAAUGGAAUUAAAAGAUAAAGCAAAGUGCUGCUAUAUAGAAGGCAGUGAAGAUGGAAAGGUACAGUCAUGUGAAAAAUUAAGUACACCCCAUGGAAAUUUAUGGCUUUUUUGACAUAUUUGGAUAAGCAAACAUAUUAAUAAAGUUGAUAUACUUGAACAAACCAUAGCUUUUUCAAUAGUUUAUACAACAGAUGUGAUAUUUUUCUGUGGAAAAAGUAAGUACACCCUUGGCCUCAGAAGCUACUGCCCCCUUUAGCAGAAAUAACUUCUUGUGGACGUUUUGCAUAAUUGUCUACCAAUCUCUGACAUCAGUUUGCUGGAAUUUUUGACCACUCUUCCAUGCAAUAUUCUGUUAUUUGCAAGAUGUUUGAGGGUUUUCUUGCAUGUACUGGCCAUUUCAAAUACUCCCACAACAUUUCAAUGGGAUUCAAAUCCGGGCUUUGACUAGGCCAUUCCAUAACCCUCCAUUUCUUCUUUUUGAGCCAUUCCUUGCUGGAUUUGCUAGUGUGACUAGGAUGAUUACCCUGUUGAAAGGUCCACUUUCGGUUCAAAUUCAACUUUUGGACAGAUGGCUUCAUGUUAUCUUCAAGCACUCUUUGAUAUGACACAGGAUUCCUAGUUGAAUCAAUGAAUGCAAGCUGUUCAGUCCCUGAGGCAGAGAAGCAACCCCAAACCGUAACAUUUCCACCACAGUGCUUCACAGUUGGUAUGAGGUGCUUCUCCUGAAAAGCUGUCUUUAGUCUGCACCAAACAUGUCUGCUGGUACUGUGAGCAAACAACUCUAUCUUUGAUUCAUCUGUCCAGAGCACAUAUUCCAAAAGGCCUGGUCUUUGCCUAUAUCCUCAUUGGCAAACUGUAGUUUUGUUUUAAUGUUCUUUUUAGACUGCAAAGGUUCAGACAGCUUUUUCCUGGCACACCUCCCAUGCAGGUCAAAUUUGUGCAAUCUCUUUCUGAUUGUAGAAGCAUGCACUUUUACACCAACAGUUGCAAGACUUACUAGCAGAUCCUGUGAUUAAAUUUUGGUGUUCUUGGAGACUUCUUUUCGCAUCAGAUGGUCUGCUCUUGGGCUGAAUUUACUGGGACGGCCAGUCCUGUACAAAUUGGCAGUCAUUUGAAACCUGCGCCAUUUGUAGAUUAUUUUCCUUACAGUGGAAUGAUGUAUUUCAAAUAAUUUGGAGAUCUUUUUAAAUCCCUUGCCAGACUCAUAGACAUCCACAACCUUUUUUUCUGAAAUCCUUACAGAGCUCUUUAGAUCUUGGCAUGAUGAUGCCACACACCUCAAUAACAAAGGGAACACCAGACACUAGAUAUGAGAGGGGUAUAAAUAAGACAGGUUCCACCUGCACUCCCUAAACAGGUUCUAAUCACCAACACACAAUCUUGAAAAUCUUGAUUCUAAUUUUAUGGAUUUGAAGGUGUGAUAAAUGUAGGGUUGUACUUACUUUUUCCAUGUGACGGAUCUGUUGUUUUUUUGUUUUAUUUUGUUUAUUGGAAAAAUUACUACAAAAUUUUCCAAAUUUUCCAAAAUGCCAUUUGAUAGUGUAUCAACUUUAUUAAUAGGCACCGUUUCAAAGAGGAUCAAAUGUUUGCUCUCCAAAUUUUUUUCCCUUAAAUGGGGUGUACUUAAUUUUUCACUGACUGUAGAUUACUGGUAAAACUAGAUGAAUUAGGAGAAGGAACUUUCUUUUCAUUUAAGGUGAUGUCUAAGGGGUGAAAUGAAAGGUUCCUCAGGUAGGCAUGAGCUCUUAAUUUGAGUUGGUCUGAUUGUUUUUUUUUUUUUAUGAUGUAGCUCUAUAGUGAUUGUAUGGUAGAGUUCUUUACUUCGCUGAUGUUCAGAUGAUCAAGAAGUUGAAAAGCUUUUGGUCUUUUAAUAAUGAGCAGAUAUGCGGAUCUUUAAAAAAAAUUCAAUAAAAAAUGAAUAGAAAAAUCCAUGUUUCCAAUAAUACAUCAAUUUGCAAUGCAAUAAAAUUUUCACUAGGUUGCAUAUAAAAAAACAUUAGCUAUUUAGUUAUUUUUUGUUAAAUUGGGAACAUUGUUUAAAUAAACUUUAUGGAAAAUCAACACAGUUAAUCUUAGAACAAGCUUUGUUUUUAGGACAUGAUCGUUUUCCAUUCAUUUAUCUUCAGUAACUGCAUUAUCGUGGUCAGG